AUGUUAAAGACAGAACCGAUUAGACCAAGUUUCAGUCUGAAGCGUGAUCCAGCUACAUCUUCUGAAAUGCAGGCUGAGGUCAUCGAGAAAACGGGCACUCUCAAUGGCCUCACCGUAGCAAUAACAGCGAAACAGAACAAAGUUGAUUACUCAAUGACGAAUGAUGGAACAAAGCUGUACAUCUGUCUUUUCAUGUUUGCUGGCAUUCUCUGCGGAAUAGUAUUCGUGUUCAGCAGCGUACCAGCGGGAAAGUUUCACACUGACGAAAAGAACGGAGCAGUUUUCGAGGAACCGGAUGAGUUCGUGAAAGCUGCUGCCAUGGAUGAUGCGGAGGACGGAGAUGAAGAGUGGACACUGGUGUUAAAUCAUAGCACGGCUGACGAAAAAGAUACAGAGGUUGACGAGGAGUCAGCGACCGUCCCUCCGCCGCAGGUCGUCGCCAACAGCCAGCAGCGCAGCGAAAGUGACUUAGACUUCAGUGUGCCGAAAACAGACACGAAAAACCACGAUUUUCUCGACGAGGAAGAGCUCAGGUUGCAGUCCCUGCAGUCCAGAUCGAAGAGGAAGCUAGCAGACACCGUUAUUGCUAAAUCCAAGGACGCCAGGCGUGACCGUCGCAGCGUGCAGCAGUUGCCAUCGACUGCCGAAGGUGCAUGUGACGACGACCGCCAGGAAGAAACAGAGGACGUGCACGAAGUACGGUUUCCACAGGUGUCGCUAAGAUCUUCCAAACGUCCACAGCAAGAAACUGCAGUAAGAAAAACCACCCCACAGCAGGAAGAAAAAGCCCUGACCGCCGCCGAUCAUGACAACGCGAAAGAAGUCUCGGAGCAGCCGCACGUCCAACAAGCGACACAGAAAGCUGCUCGAUGGAAAACAGCCGCAAAGCCAAGCGUCAAGAACGAAGGCUCGCCCAAGAAAAGAGAGCUCUCUCAGGGGACCGAAAACAAAAAACACGUCACACAGGAACAGGAGACGGGCGAAAUGGCAUCAAACAGCCAGAAAUGGAAUAGAAAGUCUACUAAUCAUAACCAAAACCAUAAAAACGGAAAACCAGAGUCAAAAGACGGCUCGGCAUCAUUCAAAAGUCGUGAACCGAAAACGAAAUUUCACGACCGUUCGCAGAACGUCAGGAAGCAACAAAAUUUGCGAAGCGAUGCUGCGACAGGAUCUUUUCAUCCAGAGAGUAGCAAAGAACUUAACUUGACCAGAGUAGCGUGCGCACCUGAAUUUAUGGAUGAAACCGACAAAUGCUUGGAAAGCAGCCAGGCGCCUGAAAUUCAUAAAGUCAGGGAACGACAGCGCGGCAGAAAUGCACAGAGAGAGACUGAUCGAUUUCCUGACAACAAACAGGGCAAAAUCAAACUUUCCAAGCAGAAGAACCAGAGACGCGAACUUGUCACUGAUGCCGAAGAUUUGAAUACACUCGCUGUGGCAAAUGAACACAUCACUUUCGCGUCACAGGCAAUGAAUGUCAGUACCUUGUCAGGUGCUGAAACGCAGUUGAAAGUACCUGUGCGAACUAUCAGAAGAACGGGACAGAAGAAACUUGGUCAACAAAGGGCCAGUAAAUCACCGUCGACCAGGGUGACAGCGAUGGUUAGCAACGUUCUGUCAAACCUUUCUCAUCUGUGGGAGGACGACGUCGAUAUUACUUGCGCCGUUGAUAGAAAAAUACAGCUGGAACUGGAAGCAGCUGAAAAGUUACUCCUUGAGGUAUUUACGUGCUGUUAUAGUGUUCAUAACAUUACCUCCUUCCCAGUUAACAGGACAACCAUUUCUGUCGUCUGCUUAUAGCC